AGCAAUGAAGGUCUCGAAGAGUUGCUUACACAACGUGGUAACCAAUAUUUUUGAAAAAUGGCGGAAUUUUGUGAAUUCAUCGAUGUGUUGUUUUCAAAGUAUUGCAGCCACAGAUAGCGAGUAAAUAACUUUAUGGUCAGUUUAUAUGGUGUAAAUGGGGCUGAGUGACGGCAUUUUAGUAGUUGUCUCGGUUCUUGAAGGGAGAAGAUUUCCUAAAAGACCACGACACAAGAUCAUUAUCGAAACAAAGUUUGAUGGAGAGACUCUGACUACAGAUCCCAUUGAUCAUGUGGAAACCCCCGAGUUCACUACAGAACUUGCCUGGGAAUUGAACAAAAAGUCUUUGCACCAGCAUCGCUUGCAGAGAACACCCAUUAAAAUUCAGUGUUAUGCUCUGGAUACUCUGUCAUCUCAAAAGGAAGCUGUUGGUUAUGUGAUCUUAGAUUUGCGGACAGCACAACAAAAACCAGCGAGGGCACAAUGGUAUUCCCUCCUGAGCACAAAGUACCAAAGAAUGAAACCAGAGUUAAAGCUGAUGUUGUCAUUAGAAGAUGACAUUCAGUCUAAACAGACUGAGCAACAGUCACAACAAGAUGACAGGCAGCACCCAAGACCUUCUCCACCAAGAAAACCAGCAUCUGAUGGGAUACAGUGCAUGCUGAAUGAAGAUCAAGGAUAUUAUGAAAUUGGGCCACAACAUGAAGAUGACAGGAUUUUUAUUUUGUCGGUCACAAUUGGACUUGCCUCUAAUUUAGCUAAGUUGGUACCAUCUAGGUUUGCCUUGCCUGAUCCAAACCUUGGUGGGGGAUUUUAUUUUUAUUACUCAUUGUUAAGCAAUGAUGUGACCAAUGAAGUCUUUCAUGAUCUUCUUCAACCAAACUUUCCUGCUGAGCGAGCUUCAGUAAGAAUCAGAAGUAACUUGGAACUUCUCAGAACAUUUUUCACCCAACAUUCAGGACUGGAGAUCUAUCUGUGCUGUGGGGACCAGUCCUUAGGCAAAGCUGCAGUCUCUUUUCAAGGCCUUCUCAAUGAGCAACAAAAUUUAGCCACCCCAGCUGUAAUUGAAGGUUUAUUUCCGUUAAUUGCACCUGGUCAUAGUCACCAAUCCUCAGGCGUAGUAGAUGACUCUGAGCCAGGAGUAGGUGUGUCUGUGUCUUUAAGACUAGAGCCACAGGAGACAAUUGGGAAUGUUGCCAGUGCCCCCUCGCCAAUUGUUGCUGCAGGUGGAAUGGGAAGACAGAGGGUACCUGAAGUAGACAACCUCCCAUAUGGAAGCAAAUCUCCUGCUAAACAGCUUUCAAGCUCCCCUUCAAGAGGAAGACAGAGAGAGCCUGGGAGAGGGUCAGAGACAGAGAUUGCUGGGGAGCACCCUAAGGGUACACCACCUCGACCACAAUCCAGUACUCCACACAGUGAUCCUGAAAAACCAGGGCUAGGAGGUGGGGUCCCUGUAGGGGCACGAAAGGAAUCUCCUUCAAAAAAGUCAAAGAAGACAGCCCAGGCUCCUCAGUCACAAAUACCAGCCCCAGGCCCCUUCAGCACUGUUCCUUUACUUGGUACCAGGCUACCAAUUGAUCCAGGAGCACACCACUUCUGUUUUUCUAUUGACCUGCGCAGUAUUUCCAAUUUUGAUGUAACAUCUCCUGUUAACUGUUUCCUCAGGUACACAUAUCCCUUCUUUGGCAGUGCUGCACCUGUAAUGACUAGUCCCCCGGUGCAAGUCCAACGCAACAUGGAAGUUCUUCUACCAAAAUCAUUUUGUGCCUUUGACUUUGCGUCGUCGCCAGUACUUCUUCAACAGACUCUCACAAGAGUUCCCCUCAUUAUUGAGGUGUGGCAUAAAGACAGCAUGGCUGGAAAUCUUCUGAUUGGGGUUUCCAGUAUGUCAUUAGCCUCUGUCUUAAGUGCAAAUAAAGUUCAAGUCUUGUCGCAGGGCAAAGAAGUGACCGGCCACAGGCAAAUUUACAACGAGAGGGUGUUGAUCUUUACUUCGGAAAAGCCUGCUCGGAGGAUCGGUGAGCUUCAUGUGGUUCUCGGUUUAGAGGACAUGGGUCCAGUGAAUAUACAGCGCUUAAUGGAGGCAAACGAGUACAGUCUUUCCUCUUCACUUGAAAGCAGCCAGACAUCUAGUGCCAUUCCUCUCUCUGAGCCGCAGCGUGUUCCACCCGCUCAGCCCAAGCCUCCUCCUGUUACCGACCCACGUGAUACAGCAGAGUACAAGACCGCCCUAGAACUGGAACUUUGGAAAGAGCAACAGGAAGAGAUGUUUCAAGCACAGAUGCAAGAUCGAGAAAACUCGCACAUGAAAGCUCUUGCUGAGGAAUGGAAAAGACGCGACAAAGAGCGUGAACUGAUGGUUAAGAAAAAGCUGGAAGAAUAUUCAAGAUUGGAAGACAAGAUCAAACAGUCCAUCGCUGACCUGGAAAGGCGAGAAAAACUGCUGUCCACAAAUGAGGCUCAGGUGAUGCACAUGAAGGAAGAACUAGAACGAGAACACGAACGAAGGACGACAGAAAUGAGAGAAGCUGCGCGGAGACUGAAAGAUGACUGCUCACAUCAAGUAGAAAUGGAGAGGAUGAAAGUCAAGGGCCUGGAAGAACAGAAACAGAGACUAGUGGAGCAGGUUUACGAAGCAGAGAAACGAUAUCAAGCAAAGGAGAAUGAGUUUAUGGCUUACAAGGAACAGCAGCUGACAAAACCUGAAGUGAAACUCGAGUCUGAAAUAAAUCUUUUAAGAAUGGAAAAGACGGAACUUGAACGUAAGUUAGAAACUGCGAACAAGUCAAAGAUCCACUACAAGCAGCAGUGGGGCCGAGCGCUGAGGGAACUGGCGCGACUGAAACAGCAAGAGCAGACAGCUGCCAGAGCGCGGCUAAAAAAACAAGAGCAAGAGCUGGAACACAUGCGCCUGCGUUAUCUUGCCGCUGAGGAGAAGGAGGUUGUUAAAUCUGAGAAAGAGGAACUGGAAGAAAUUAAACUUGAACUAGCCAGACUGAAACAGCAGGAAGAGGCGAAAGCUCGGGUGAAUGAAGCGCCAACUGAAGGACAGGGAAGAAAAUCAGAUGCCAAUUCUUCACUAAGAAGAAGCGUUAAGCAUUCACCUGGACUCACAUCUGUUCAUGAACAUGACGAGGAAGACAUAGACAGCAGGAUAGCAAAACUGAUCGAGGAAAGAGACACGUUGUUACAUACUGGAGUUUACACCACUGAUGAUCGGAUUAUAGUUGAACUAGAUCGACAAAUAAGAGACGCAAUAGCCAGCAGGGGCACGUGAGAGAAUCAUAUCACGUGCCAGCAGGGGCACGUGAGAGAAUCAUAUCACGUGCCAGCAGGGGCACGUGAGAGAAUCAUAUCACGUGCCAGCAGGGGCACGUGAGGGAAGGGGAGGAAGCUAGAAUUUGUACCAAGUAAUCCCGAUUGGUUUAUUGAUUGAACUUUUCGUAAUGCGAAUUGCAGGGAAAACUGGAUAUAAAAACUAGGAGAGGAGCGGUGAAGAGGAGAGGGGGAAAGGCUGGGGAUGUAAGGCACUGCGCACUUCCGGUAGGGCAGGGGAGGGGUGGGACAUUUGAGAAGGGCGAAGAAUAGCUAGACUAUGAGCAGUCCCUCGCGGAAGAUUCAUAAAAGUCAGUGAGGCUUCGCUCUCUCAGAGUCCAUACGGCGCCCGGAUAUUUCUACAGAUCGGCACGACAGUUUACGCUGAAAUAGAAGGUUUAAUGGUAGUCUAGGGAUUCACGAGAAGAGUUGAAUAGUGAUUGCGAGCUUCUUUCAAUAAUCCAGUACUUUUGUAUUUCCUCAUUUAAAAAUCAGGCGUCAAGUUCUGCAGCAGAUUUCUAGUCUUUUAAGCCAAAUGUUUAACGAUCACAGAUUGUGUGGCAUGUGUUUGGAACUGGCAAUUCUACGAAAAAAGAAGAAAAUACUUAUUGUUUUUCAUUUAUUGAUGACGCGAUUUGCAGAACACAAAGAAGGCAGUUUGACCAUUUUCAAAAUAGGUGAAAAAACGGUUUGUAAUUUGAACGAACUUAGAUUCUGAGACUUUUCCGCGGAACUGAAAACAAAGUAAUGUGUGAGAACUGAAAGUAAAGUAAUGUGCGAGAACCUGUGGAGUGUGUGACGCCUUGAUUGAAACACAGUACACACCUUAACAAAAUUAAUACCAAUACAAUUAAGGCAUACAACAAACGCUAUCAGAAAUAGAAGUGAAACCGCUUUCAAUACGUUUUGUUCGAUUUGAAAUUUCUUGCGCAAUCUCUGCCAGCGCUUGCCUUCAUUUCUCGAAAUAUUUGCAUUACUGUUCGGUGACACCUAAGGGUGAAGCUACAGGAGAGUUAAAUCGAGCAAAGUUUAUUUAAAGGAGUGUGAAAGUGGUUUGCUACCAAAAAUCUCUACGCUACACGUAUUCUGUUGUUUACUGACACAAAGACUCGUCCUGAAUGAUUACAGCCAAGUCUGCAGUAGGAAGGGCGGCCAAGCUCAACAUGCCACCAUAGACAAUGCGGUGCCAGUUUUUAUCAAUCUAAAACAGGAAACGAAGACGCAGACGGAUUUGAUUAUGAAUAGCUCUCGGAUUAAUGUAAAUUAAUAAAGUAUUUUUACUUUCUUAACAUUCUUUGAGUACACAAGUAAUUCAAAUAACUAGACGAAUGCAAUUUUCGCUGUUUUAUUAUGUAAUUAUUUUGCGGUCAUAAAUUCUGUUUGUAAAAAUACAUAGGCGUGUCCUUUUUUCGUUUUA